GUCGUAGUGGGGAACAGGAAGUUCCGGGUCGAAACGACAGAACUGUGCUGUUGUGUCGAUAGUGGUUGUGUCCAUUUCAAAUGUAUCAUUGUAGACCGACUCAGAUUAAGUCUGAGGCUGUUAACGUCAACAGUGAGGACAAUCCCAGCCUGCCACUCUCCUUCCACACUGAGUCCAAACCUACAGUCACUGGGUCCUUAUUGUGACAGUGAGCCCAGUUUGCACUGCAGGAUCCAGAGAUGGCAUCAGUGAAGCUGGAAGACUGCAGUCAAACACUGGAGCUGAAUUACAACAUUAAAGAUGAAGAAGAGGAGGAGAACAUUAGGAAAACUGUUAGUCAUGGAGACCAUGUUGAGACAUUCUCCACAUCCAGAGAGCAAGAGCAGGAAGAUCAGAGAGCCACGAGGUCUCAUCACUGCCCACAUUGUGAAGAGAUAUUCCCAUUUCUAUCAAAGCUAAAAAUACACCUACAAAUACACACAGGAGAGAAGCCUUACUCCUGCUCUGAAUGUGGAAAAUGUUUUAAAACAUCAAAUGUGCUAAAGGUUCAUCAGAGAACACACACAGGAGAGAAGCCUUUCUUCUGCCCUGACUGUGGAACUAGUUUCUCUCAACUUUCCCACUUAAAAGCACAUGAACGUAUACAUACAGGGGAGAAGCCAUACUCCUGCUCUGACUGUGGGAAAUGUUUUAAAACAUCAAAUGUGCUAAAGGUUCAUCAGAGAACACACACAGGAGAGAAGCCUUUCUUCUGCCCUGACUGUGGAACUAGUUUCUCUCAAAUUUCCCACUUAAAAGCACAUGAACGUAUACAUACAGGUGAAAAGCCUUAUGUCUGCUCUGAUUGUGGGGCGAGUUUCUCUCAUCUGGGCACCUUAAAAACACACCAACGUAUACAUACAGGGGAGAAGCCUUACUCCUGCUCUGACUGUGGAAAAUGCUUCACAACGUCAACUGAUCUAAAAGUUCACCAGAGAACACACACAGGAGAGAAGCCUUACUCCUGCUCUGACUGUGGAAAAUGCUUCAUAACAUCAACUGAUCUAAAAUUUCAUCAGAAAACACACACAGGAGAGAAGCCUUAUUCCUGCUCUGACUGUGGAAAAUGUUUUAAAACAUCAAAUAAGCUUAAAGUUCAUCAGAGUACACACACAGGAGAGAAGCCUUACGUCUGCUCUGACUGUGGAACUAGUUUCUCGCAACUUUCCAACUUAAGAUCAGAUGAACGUAUACACACAGGGGAGAAGCCAUACUCCUGCUCUGACUGUGGAAAAUGCUUCAAAACAUCUACUAAGCUAAAAGUUCAUCAGAGAAUGCGUGCAGGAGAAAAGUCUUACUCCUGUUCUGACUGUGGGGUGGACUCCAAUCAAGUUGUAGAAACAUCUCAAGGAUGAUCAAUGGAAACAGGAUGCACUUGAGCUGAAUUUUGAGUCUCAGAGGAAAGGGUCUGUGUCACGAAUAUUACCGAAGGUGGCUCCCCUUCGUGUUCGGGUGGUCGCUCGGCGGUCGUCGUCGCCGGUCUACUAGCUGCUACCGAUCCUUUGUUCCGUG